AUGUGCCGAAUGAAUAUCGAGGCUACUGUUAGGUGCGUUUGCAGUGUGCUUCUCGUCGUGUUCCUGGUUUUCACGCACGAAGCACCGAAAAUAACGGUUGACUCUGCUGUCACCAACAGCCCCGUGAAGCCUCGGAUCGUGCUGGACACUACAAAACUGGACUACGGGUAUUGCCACUCCUCCCCUACUGAGAUCGAUGAGGGCACUAAAUCACUUCUCGACAUCCUCAACCGUAUUACAGUAUCACCCUACUUUCGCUAUUUCAAGGUCAACAGCGCGAAGCCGUGCCCUUACUGGGCAGUAAGCCUUCUGUGCACCAGCGCCGAAAAUACCUGCGAUGUGUGCAAAUGUGACGAAAAUUCCAUCCCGGAGGCCCUACGCGCCAAUGAGGAUAUGAGCGAGCUCAACACCCCCGAUGGUAGCGUUGCGAAGACAGUGCUGCAGCCUGUGAACCUUGACGACUGGGGAGAUUGGCUGAAAGCAGACGACGGGGCAGAGUACGUGGACCUGGCAUCCAACCCCGAGGGCAACACAGGAUACUCUGGUCCUCUUGCAGCGCAGGUGUGGCGUGCCAUCUAUGCCGAAAACUGUCUGACGGACAAAUACGGAACAUGCCAGGAGUUGUCCAUCCUGCGGACGCUGUUGAGCGGGCUGCACAUGUCCAUCAACAUCCAUGUCUGCACGAGCUUUUACAAGGACCCCGACCUCUCUUCGCCUCAACACAGUGCUGGGAUUUAUAACAACCCGAAUAUUUCUUUCUUUCCAAACUGCGAGAUGUACAACAAGCGUAUCGCGCCGUUUCCUGACUUUGUGGGUAACUUGUAUAUUCUUUAUCAGUUUACCCUUCGCGCACUCGCCAAGUCAAGGCCGUUCUUCACAAAUGACGUCAGCAUCUUCAACACGGGUGCUAGAGGUGAGGCUACGCUUACCGACCUGCAGCUUCAUGACAACAUCAACGAGCUGUUCAACUCACGCCUUAUAUGCUCUCCCACCUUUGAUGAGGGGGCGUUUCUUGAGUCUGAGAAGGGCCGGUCCCUGAUCCCCCAGUUUAAAGCGAUGAUGCUGAACGUGACACACCUGAUGGACUGCGUGACGUGUGAGAAGUGUCGCAUUUGGGGAAAAUUGGAGACGAAAGGCAUUGCAGUAGCAAUGAAGGUCAUAAUGAACCCGGAGAAUGAGCGGAUCACUUUGGAUCGAUCUGAGAUGGUGACAUUGGUGAACCUUGCACGCCAGUUGGCGUUUUCGGUUCGCAAUGCGCAGCGUCUCGGCUCAGAGUGCAGCGAGGAUGAUUGA